AUGAGGCGCCAUAUGAAAAAACAUUCACGAAAAAAUAAACCAAAAAAGAAAAAUCACAAGACAAUCAAAUUGCGAAUCGAUCCAAAGGUUAAAAACGAAGAAAAUGGUACAAUGGAUCUGGAUGGACCUGUUGUUGAUGAUGCUGACCUGCCGAAUGUAAGACAAAUCAUUCGAAAUUUCGUUCCAGAACUGGGUGCAUAUAGUUUUCGAAAUGAUUUGAACCUUCCAAUUGAGGACAUAGUGAAAAAAUUGAAUAUGGAUAAGCCAGUCAGAAAUGCAGACAGUGCAAAUCUCCGAGCAAGUGAUAAAGUGAAUUUAUCACACUUCGAAUUGAUUCAAAUCUUGGGCACUGGGGCGUACGGAACGGUAUUCCUUGUGCGAAAGAAAGGUGGCAACGAUGAUGGCCAAUUAUAUGCAAUGAAAGCCUUGAAGAAAUCAGCUGUACUAAAAAAUCGAAAAAUUGCUGAAAAUACAGAAAGCGAACGCCAGGUACUUGAGGCAAUUGGACGUAGGCCAUUUUUGGUAUCAAUGCAUUACGCCUUUCAAACAGAAUCGAAACUCUACUUAGUGCUAGAUUAUGUAAGUGGUGGUGAGCUAUAUACUCAUCUAUAUAAGCGUGAUCACUUUACAGAAGAUGAAGUGCGAAUUUUCAUAGCCGAAAUCGUGAUAGCGAUUGAACAACUUCACAAAUUAGGAAUUGUCUACAGGGAUAUAAAAUUAGAAAAUAUUUUACUUGAUUCCGAUGGCCACAUAGUCGUUACCGACUUUGGACUUUCAAAACAGCUGAACAAAGCAUCUAAAGGCAGAUCAUAUAGUUUUUGUGGAACAUUGGAAUAUAUGGCACCUGAAGUAAUUCGUACAACGAGCGGAUAUGAUUUUGGCGUUGAUUGGUGGUCUGUUGGUGUUCUAUGUUAUGAACUUCUGUCAGGUGCAUCUCCAUUUACCACAGAUGAUGAUCACGGUGAUUCGAACAAAGAAAAUAAAAUUUCAUAUCGAAUCUUAAACGUUGUCCCACCCAUGCCAAAUAUUAUUCACGAAUCUGCUAGCGAUUUAAUAACACAAUUGUUGAAUAAAGAAGCAACAAAACGUAUCGGUACCGGCCCAGCGGGAGCUGAUGAAAUUAAGGCUCAUCGUUUCUUCAAAGGAAUUGAUUGGGUUAAAUUGGCGAAAAAAGAAAUUGAUGCCCCAUUUAAACCAAAUAUUAAACAUCGAUUAGAUACAAGUAACUUUAGUGAUGAUUUUACCAAAAUGCCAGUAAUUGAUCAGCCAUGCAAACCCCCAGCUAACAAUAAAAUCCAACUCAGAGGUUUUUCAUUUGUUGCUCCUCAUCAUGUAUUAUAACAUGUUCAAUUGUUCCCGAAUAAAUUAAUAAAAACAACAGUGAA